AUGCGGCAAUCUGUACUCGAACAUCUGGGAGAAGUCCAAAACCGAUUCUUCUGGCUACGCGGUUCCCCCGGAACUGGCAAGACCGCAAUUUCUCUAAGCAUCGCUUCGACUCUUGCUCAUCAAGGCAGACUGGCAGCGUCAUUCUUCUGGGAUAAGAAUCAAAAAGACAGUGGGCUCGACUCUACUGAAAUGUUUCCGUCCACACUUGCGCGACAACUUGCAGUCUUCAGUGAGGACUUCAAAUUGUCGCUUGUAAAACAUCUUCAGCGGGAGGACCUAGAAUUAGCUUCGAGUCUUGGCUUGGAGGAGCAAGUGAAGGCUCUCAUCAUCGGCCCAAUGUGUGAUCUGAAGGAGUUGUGGCUGUCGAGUGGGAAACGCUUCAUCAUCAUUCUUGACGGUUUAGAUGAAUGU